AUGGGGCUGGGAGAGAGGAGAGGAUCGUCGGCGGUGUACAGAGACAUAGAGGGAUCCCAAGGUAGCAUACAACAUACUUUCCAUAGUACCACCGGCUAUUGGGGCUUUGAAAAGUUUGUCGAGAAAUCAAAGCUGCGACAGCAGCUUGCCCUCACCGGGGACUCCUUCACAGUCAGAUGUGUCUUGACUGUCAUCAAAAAGCAUCAGGCAGAAGAUGUGCACACGGCCGUCGCCCCGCUCCCGCAUUCCAACCUGCACAAACACUUCCUAGAUAUGUUGAAGGGUGGGGAAGGCGCGGACAUGACCUUGACCGUCGCAGGCCAGUCGUUCUUCGCGCAUAGAUGUGUGCUCUCCGCAAGGUCCCCGGUGUUUAAGGCUGAGCUCUUUGGUAAGAUGAAUGAGACUCUGGCGCAGAGCAUCAAGAUCGAUGGCAUGGAACCCUCCAUCUUGGAGGCACUCCUCCACUUCAUCUACACGGAUUCUCUGCCGGAUGACCGACAUGCGGAUGAUAGACACACAGAGAUGCAGCACCUGCUGGUUGCCGCGGAUCGAUACGGAGUCGAUAGGUUAAUGGCGAUAUGCGAAGGGAAAUUGCGUCGAAGCAUCGGCGUGCAAACCGUCGCAACGACCCUCGCUCUAGCGGAGCAACACCACUGCGUGCACCUGAAAAGGGCAUGUCUUGAAUUUUUGUCUUCCCGAGAUGUCCGCCAAGGUGUCAAAGAAACAGAUGGAUUCAAGCAUCUCGUAACAAGCUGCCCAUCGGUUAUUCUCGAGAUUUUCGACAAGCCUCCCCCACAAUCCUGA